AUGGUCGCCUUCGAUAAGUGUGAGACUCGGCCAGCCAACAUUGAUGCCAUCCUGAAUGGCCUGGAUCGCUACAACCCCGAGACCACCACCAUCUUCCAAGAUUAUGUGACCCAGCAAUGUGAGGACCGGUCAUUCGAUCUCUACGCCAACCUGGCACUGCUGAAGCUUUACCAGUUCAACCCUCAUCUCCAGCAGCCUGACACCGUCACCAACGUCCUCGUCAAGGCCCUGACUGUGUUCCCUUCGCCCGCCUUCUCCCUCUGCCUCGCCCUGCUUCCGGCCUACACCCAGCCCUUCCCCACCACCUCCGAGGCCCAGGCUGCCUCCCAGAACUCCGACUUUGUCGAGUCCGUCCAGAAGCUCUCCCACCUUUCUUCUCUCCUCGAGUCUGCCCAGUACACUCAGUUCUGGUCAACCCUCAACUCUGACGAUCUCUACGCUGAUCUCACCGCUGAUGUUGCCGGCUUUGAGGAGUUGAUCCGUAUUCGCAUUGCCGUCGAGGUCGGCAAGGCCUUCCGCUCCGUCAAGGCCGAGUCUCUCGAGCAGUGGCUCGACUUGCGCAGCCGCGAUACCUUGACCAAGUUUGUUGCCGAUGUGUGCAGCUGGAAGAUUGAGGACGACGUUGUCCGCGUUCCCACCAACAAGGAGAACGAGGCCCGCAGCGAAGUCAAGAGCGAGCGCGUCGGUGUCGACAUGUUUGGCCGCGUCAUCCGCCGUGGCUUUGAGCAGCCCGCAUGA